CCUAAUAUAGGCAUAAUUAAAUAUGAGAUAGAGUUAUAUGAAAGAGAACCAUUUGAAGAGUUUGGUAAUAAUAAUAAGAAGAAAGAAAACAAUGGAGUCUUAUACUGGAAAUCAUUAUCAAAAAG